CAUCCUGCAAUCCGAACUGAAGUAAAACUUUAACUAUCAAGUGCAGCUGUCGGAUAACGGGAAAAUGGAAAUCUUCUAUCUCUUAUGCUCAAUCCUCUCCACAUUUUUCACUUCCCUUGCUUUCUCUCUCCUCCUUCCCAUCCGCUUCCUCCUCACGCGCUACCGCCGUCCUCCUCUACUCUCCACCGCCCAAAACGAAGCCGUUUCUCUCUACGAAGGCACCGUAUGGCACGAGCGUCGCCGCCCCGUCCACCACUCUUUUCGGUACUCCGUCCGCUACGCUCUUUUCGACCUUGAUCACGCUCUUCACCCGCCAGCCGACCACCUCUCCGCCAACGAGGCUCGUAGGAUUGCCAAAACCGACGGCCCGGUUUUUCUACUAACAAUUCCUCCAAGCGUGGGAUAUGAACAAAAUCCAUUGAGUUUAUAUUAUUGCUAUGAUUUGGAGGGAUGCACUAAGCUUCUGAAGAAGUGCAUUGCUGAGGUAACAAAUACACCUUGGGGCGAAAGAGUAACAUUUGUCUUCGACCCAAGUUCUGAUUUAGUGGCAAAACCAUUGCAUGUCAGCCCUUUCAUGGUAGGUCCCCAUGUGAAUUCUUCAUUCUUCUUUCGAAAAAAUGUGCAGGAUAUGCUUGGAAAUUGGAGCCUUAGAGUAAACCCUCCUGGUGAAAAUUUACUAGUUGCAAUUUCUGUCCAACACCCAGAGCUUGGUGUUUAUUUUCUGGCCACCUUGAAAGCUAAAAGAAUCUCCAUGGAAUCGGUGCAUGAUCAUUCACUAUUUUUCUGGUUGAUGCCUCAUAAGGUUGCCCUGUGGAUAUAUUGGCAUGCUCUAAAGCUGUGGUGGAAAAAUGUGCCAUUCAUUCAACACCCAAGGUAUGCUAAUCCAUCAUACAGGGAGGAAGCUUUGAAGCGUGAUAGAAAACUGCAAUGCUGUCCAGGAGUGCAAUGGAACAAAGAUGAGUUGAUGCAGGUUUUAGGAAGUGACUCAGGAAUUGAGGCUGAAAGAAAUCCUGGGGAACGAUUGUUUGCGUGGAGAGAUGCUAAGUGGCCAUGGUCUUGAGCACUGUGGGUGAUACUUUCUUUUCUUUCUCCAUUUAUGUAAGGUGUCAAUACUUUAUCUUCACCUUGCUCCUAUUGUGCUUUGUUACAAACAAUGUUGGUUUUGCAUGCCAAACAGAAGAAGAAAUAAUGAUCUACUCAUGACUGCAGCAUGGGAUUGUGAUGAUAUGGUAAUUGUCAUGAAUUUUUUUUCUCUUUUGGAAAAGAGGCAUGUACCACUACUAGUAGUUUUCAUCAUGUAAGGCACUUUAUAUGAAUUAUAUGCUUCGCUACCUCAAAACUUUUUUUUUUUUAAUGUUAAAAGUCAAAACUU